UCUGCAGUUUGAAUAAUUAACAGAAAUACUCAAAACACAAGUAUAUUUAUAUGGCUGUUGUUGCAGUGAAUUUCAGGUUUAUAAUUAUGUCCUUAAUAUUGCUUCUACCGGUUCUGUUCAUCACUGCAAGUGACACUGAUGCACAUGCCCUCGAAGAUGAAGAAGAUUUUUUCUCAAUUGAAAUGGAGGAACUAAUGCAUGGUGUUCCUGAUGGUGGAGAUGUUGCAACAAAAGGAAGGAAAUUAAUUCAAAACAAAGUCGUCGUUAACGCUGAAAAUGAAGCGGAAAAAUCAAGCGACAAGAAAGGAAAUAAGAUUAGUCAUUUUGAUAGUAAAAGGACGAUGAAGGCACCGGCUGGUUUUGUAGCUUUCAGUGCUGAUUACCAUCCUCCUAGGCAUCAUCCUCCUAAAAAUAACUAAUUUAUGAUAUGCCACUGCUUUUAUAAUUAAAACUCUUACUUCUACUAUGCCUUUUGUUUGCUA